AUGAUUGAGAGAGCUAUUAAUGCUGCAAUGACACCUCUCCAGGCUUUCAUUAAUGCUCUCAUAAUGAGAUUUGAGAUUUACGAUAGAGGACAGGGUGUGACUACUGAAGUUACGACUUUGAAAGCUGAUGUUUUUAAGCUGAGGAAGGAUGUGGACCAUCUGAGGUCCACAGACUUUACUUCUCUAUUUGGGAUGGUGGAGAUCCCAGCUGAUUCAAGUGUUGAGACUCCAGCUUGUUCUGAGGUACCUCCGGCUACCACCGGAGAUGAUACGAGGGCUGAUGUUGAUGUUGUUGAGUCCGAGGCCGAGAUAGAUGAAGAACAGCUUGAGGUGCGAUACAAGAUUGUCUGUGAGGACCUGGUGGAUCUAAAAGGUGCCAUGUUCAAGACAGCUAGAUAG